AUGGAAUUGCAUGGCUGGCCCACCGAUGUUGGCAUUAUUGCUGUGGAGGUUUAUUUCCCAUCUCAAUAUGUCGAUCAAACAGAAUUAGAACAGUUUGAUGGAGUGUCAGCAGGGAAAUAUACAAUAGGUUUAGGGCAAUCAAAGAUGGGAUUCUGUUCUGACCGUGAGGACAUUAAUACAUUAUGUUUAACUGUUGUUCAAAAACUUAUAGAAAGAAAUAAUAUAUCAUAUACUGAAAUAGGAAGACUUGAAGUAGGGACUGAAACUAUUAUAGACAAAUCUAAAAGUGUUAAGACUGUAUUGAUGCAGUUAUUUGAAGAAAGUGGUAAUACUAAUGUGGAAGGUAUUGACACUACUAAUGCUUGCUAUGGUGGAACUUCUGCGUUGUUUAAUGCUGUUAACUGGGUGGAAUCUAGCUCCUGGGAUGGACGUUAUGCUUUAGUUGUUGCAAGUGAUAUUGCUGUUUAUGCAACUGGUAAUGCUAGGUGUACUGGUGGAGCUGGUGCUGUAGCCAUGUUAGUUGGUCCUAAUGCUCCUUUAAUAUUUGAUAGAGGAGCUAGAGGAACUCACAUGCAGCAUGUUUAUGACUUUUUCAAACCUGAUAUGGCAUCAGAAUAUCCUACUGUGGAUGGUAAACUGUCUAUACAGUGUUAUUUACAUGCCUUAGAUAAAUGUUAUGAAGUUUAUUCAUCUCGAGCUAAAGCUACUGGAAUAAAAAGUAAUGUCUUAGAUAAUGCUGCUGCCUUUGUAUUUCAUUCACCAUACUGUAAAUUAGUGCAGAAAUCUGUUGGUAGAUUAAUGCUCAAUGAUUUUCUCAGUGAUCCUAAUCCAGAUUUCCAGGGUGUUUAUUCAGGUUUAGAACAAUUCAAAGAUAUUAAACUAGAAGGAACAUAUUUUGACAAGCAAGUUGAAAGUACUUUUGUAAAAGCCAGUCAAAAAGUUUAUGAAAUGAAAACUAAACCAUCACUUUUAAUGUCCAACCAAGUUGGCAAUAUGUAUACAGCUUCUUUGUAUGGUGGCUUAGCCUCUUUAAUAGGAAAAGAAACAGCAGAAAACUUAGCUGGAAAAAGAAUUGUGUUGUUUUCAUAUGGUUCUGGUUUAGCCUCUACCCUGUUUUCUUUACGCUUUUCUGAUGAUUUGACACCUGACUCCACUUUACACCGUCUAUUUACCAGUCUUCAAGAUUUAGAACAGCGUCUAGAUAGUAGGACUAAAGUUCAUCCACAAGAUUUUGAUGCCAAUAUGAAAUUAAGAGAACAGACCCAUCAUUUAGCACCCUAUAAUCCUGUUGGUUCAGUAGAAGAUUUAUUCUCUGGUACAUGGUAUUUAACACAUGUAGAUAACAUGCAUAGACGAAAAUAUGACAGAACAUCCGACAGUCCCUCUUCUACUUCACAAACCUCUACCACGGUAAAAUUUAUGUGUUAUCUGGAAGGGAAUUAA